AUGGCGAAGCUGUCGACAUCCGCACAGUCAUCGAGACGCUCUAGUUCUAUAUGGAAAAUGCCUUGGUUUCAGCCCAAUAUGAUGACGAUUUGGGCAGUUUUAUUCCAGAAAGAUGUUAAGAUCAUUGUUGGAGACAAGAAUGCUAAAAUUGGAAGUGACAACAUUGGAUUUGAAGAAGUUAUGGGAAAAUACGGUGUAGGAGAUAGAAAUGAUAGAGGAGAAAGUCUCGUGAGAGACGAAACGUACUUCUGGCCUAUGGCGGGUAAUGGUUUACCAAUAAUACCUCUUGCGACUGAAUGGGUUCUUAAACCUUGUAACAACGAGAUGUUGUUCUUACCUAUUGGUCGCGACACCUCAAUUUGA